UGCACGGAAAGUUGCUGAUAGACAAGAUGAAAGUCGUACUGGUAUUAGCCAUCGUAGCGUGUGCCGUAGCGCUUGUCUACGGCGACCUCGUCUGCGGCACCAACUAUUGCAAACAGAACCCUUGCACCGCGAAGUUAUCCUCAUCAAGCUGUCGCCCGCCUUCCACGUACCGUGCCUUACACGCUGGCAAGUGCGCGUGUUGCCCGGCCUGCGUCACCUUAUUAUCUGAAGGAGCCGCGUGCAAGACGUACAGCAAGGAACUUGGAGAGACUCCGUCCGCCGUGUGCAAAGAACCUCUCAAAUGCCUCACUGGUGUUUGCACUAAAGUCGCUCCCAGAGGUUAAACUCCCGUUUAAUAUUAAAAUAUUCAAAGCGAGCUGCAAGUAUGGUUGCCAAUAUAGUUUUCAGCUGAUUAUAGUAUUUUUUCAAAAUAUGUUAUAAAAAAUACACGAAAGUACCCUUUAAAAAUAGUAUUUUACGGAAAGAGUAAAAAAAUACAAAAUUACUUACAUAUUUUGUUUUAUCAGUUCACUUUUUCUGUAGCUGUACUUAUACUCAUUUUUGCAUUUCUGUUUUUUUAUCUCUUUCUGCCUGGAUUUCGAUUCUAUUUAUUUCGAACAUUUUGUUUAUUUCUUUGAGGUCUUUGUUAAAAAAGUGGCAUCCCUAAUUUUACAAAGUGAGGGUUUUGCUUGUUAAAAGAAAAGUUACAAAAAUAUAGAAUUUUUGUGUAGUAAAUAUAUAAUAGUAUGCAGAGCCAAAAUAUAGUAAAAUAUCUACUGUAUAAUAUAGUACAGUUGGCAACCCUAGCUACAAGCCCUAUAACAAGUUAUAUAAUGUCCCUACUCGUGUUGCAAACACUGCUCUUACUUAAUAAACUUUCCUCGAUAUAAAUACAACUUUUCACACUUCGGAUUAUUUGGAUCUGUACUUAGACUAAGUUGAAAAUUGCAUAUUAAGUUACAGUUAGAACUCUCAUCCAGUCAAAACUAGUUAUAACUGCAAA